GAUUGUUUACGAUUUAGAGAUCGCCGACACCCGCCGUCAGCUCCCACCCAACAGAACAAGCAGACAACGAGUAAAUAUCGAAGUGUUCAGUAAAACAUGUGAAACAUCCUUCUAAAGGUUCUAACAGAACAAUAAUUUUGAAAUUGUUAAAAGAUAGGAGAAAACUAAUAGUGAAUGAACCAUGUCGCAAGCCGUUGACUCUGAAACAACGGAACUUCGUUCCGAGGAAGUACUAGCCGACCACCCCGAUCAGACACCAAAAGAACCAACAACGGAAUACGAAAGUGUCGCAGCAGUGGAACCGAUGACGGUCGAACAAGAAGAAGAACAGCUAGAUCAGGAUACCAUCGAGGACAAACUGUUGAACGAUGUCCCGGCGGAUCUGGGUACGGAUUCCGAGACUCUUAUGCUGGACGAAGAUGCCCUGCUAGAGGACGUUAAAGAUGAUAAAACAUGUGAAGCGCCAGAAGUCAUUCAACAGGAUGGUGUUCCUAAAUCUGUGGAAGAUCCUACGACUGAGCAGUGCAAGGAAUCUACCCCAAGCGGAUAUGAACAGGAUUACUUCCAAUCUCUCAGUGCUCACGAGAUAGGUCGCUGCUCGUGGGAUAAAGCAGCCAAACAAAACUACGUCCGUGGCUGCCUGUGGUCCCCGGAUGGUUCUUGCGUCCUAACCGCCACCAACAACGAUGGAAUGCACGUCUUUGAGUUUCCGACUGAUAUGUACGAAGCUCAAGAAGUGUCCCCUCAGCGACCGGUCAAUCUGCUGGACUCAGCGGUGCACGUACGAGAAACAACUCUGGUGUACGACUACAAAUGGUACCCCGGAAUGCACAGUUCCAUGCCGGAAACGAGCGUUUGGAUCGCCUCCAGACAACACGAACCCAUUCAAAUGUGGGAUGCCUACACGGGGAAGCUGCGAUGUUCCUACAAAGGGUACAACGCGGUGGACGAAGUCGAGGCGGCACUCAGCCUGACCUGGUCCGUCGACGGAGGAUUCAUCUACGGUGGCUACAAGAAGAGCAUCAAAACCUUCGAUGUCAAAAGUCCCGGACGGGAAAUAUCGUCGUUCCCUACCAAGGUGACCGCCUCCUGCAUGACCAUCUGCACGCCACUUCCAAAUCUGCUAAUCUUCGGAUCCUGGAGCCGGACAAUCACGGCCCUGUCCCUCAACUCGCAGCAAACCAUCGCGGUGGGAAACAAUGCACGGGACUGCAGCCACAAUGCCGGUGUCACCUGGCUGCGGUUCAUUCCGCGAACGAACCUGUUUGCCUCCGGUGGACGGAAGGAUAACAAGCUGAUUCUGUGGGACAUUAGGAACCUGCAGAGGCCGUUCCAUGUGCUGGAGCGCAAGUGUGAUACCAACCAGCGGAUGUAUUUUGAUGCGUCGCCGUUCGGAGAGUGGCUUGCCACGGGGAACGUCGAUGGAGUGGUGCGAGUUUGGAAUCUGCGGGAGAUAGAUACGGUUGGCCGAUCGUACCGGAAGUAUGACUUCCCGCUCCAUCGAGACUGCUGCAACGGUGUAUCGUUCCACCCCACCAGACCGGUCGUGGCCACAUCGAGCGGCCAGUUCCAUCCAACCACGAACGGAGCCGAUUACUCCCACGACUGCAACGACGAAGUCGUCCCACAACCAGCAGAGGACACCCCCGACCGAAAGACACCGGAAAAUUCCCUCACCCUCUGGUGGAUCGGCAAGGCCAUUUCGGAAGAAUGACAGCCCAGUUCGGAAACCGAGCAACGCACUUAAUCAUGGUUGUUUUUUUUUAGUCCACGGUUUUCUUUUCUCAUUUUUCGCCUUCGCAAUGGAUUAAAAUCAUCUCCAGUUAAUAGUAAGAAGGAUUAAAUAUGUAUAAUAUGUACAAAAAAUAACAAUAAAAUUAAUAAAGAAUGAUUAUUUCUUCAAUCGUAA